AAUAAAUCUUAAAGACAUGCAAUUCGAAGAUAAUAAAUCUGGUUGGUUGACAAAACUUGGUGGAAAUGCUUUAAGAAAAACUUGGAAACGUCGCUGGUUUGUAUUAAGGGGAAAUUCUUUAUACUAUUAUCGGCAAAAGGAUAAUUCAGAGCCUGCUGGUGUAAUUAACCUUACAACAUAUAAUUCUGUAAGCCAAGAUUCGUCAGCCACAAAAAAAUCUUCAUAUUGUAUUCGCAUUGAAAAAAUUAUUCGAGAAAAUGAUUCAGUUCAUUCAACACUUAGUUAUCAUACACGUUCUAUAAAAAAAUCCACUACAUUUCUCGUUUUCGCUGAUACAGAAUUUGAAAUGCAAGAAUGGAUUUCAGCUCUUGAAAAACGUUUGGGUGGUCGAAAUAUUGUUGAUAUAGUUUUGGAUAGAUUAGAACUUUCUGGUGGUAUGCACCGUAGACAAGCUAGUUAUAGUUCUUUAAGUUCUUUUUAUUCUAGAAAUAGUGGUUUUGGUUCUUCAACUGGUUCUACUUCUGCUUCAACUUUCUCAUCUCGACGUCCUUCGUUGGAAUCUUUGAGUUUGGAUACUCCACCUUCUAUAAAUUCAAGAAAAAGUUCUAUCGAUUCAUUUAAUGGUGUUCAUCAUGUAAAUAAUAUUAAUAAUAUUAAUAAUAUUAGUAAUAAUAUUAGUAAUAAUAUUAGUAAUAAUAUUAGUAAUAAUAUUAGUAAUAAUAUUAGUAAUAAUAUUAGUAAUAAUAUUAUUAAUAUUUCAAAUAGUACACCUUCAUCACGUCCGGAGACACCAUCAAAUUUAGUUGCAAUGUUUGGAUUAGGUCAACCUAUUCUUCGUAAACCUGCUUCAUGUUCUGGUUUACAAGAUAAAAAAACAAAUAAUACUGGUGGAGGAAGCACAUCUGCACCUCAUCAUACACACGUUCGUAAACUUUCACUCACGUUCCAUAAAGAACCUGUACGUGCACAAACCGCUCCAUUAAUAAUGGUUCAUGGAGAAAAUACGAAAGUCACUUCAUCACUUGAUACAAUAUAUUUUCCAAAUAAUCAUAAUAAUCAUGUAAUUAAAAGUAGUCCAUUAGGUAGAAAAAAGGCCUAUCUUGAUCAAUCUAAAGAGAUCACCCCAUCUUCACCAAUUACUCCACUCGCAAAUGUAUUUCCUAGUCAUUUGAACUAG